GGCGGGGCUCUACGCUGGCAGCAGCCACUGGCGGAGAACCCAACGCGAUGCCCGUUCACUGUCAGCAGAGCCCGGUGCUGGCGGGCAGCGCCGCUUUAGCCGCGAUGGGGGCCCUGAUACUGUACUUAAGGGAGCCCUCCGGCUACGGGAAGUACACGGGGAGUGUGACCGCAGCUACCCACCUGCCCGCCCGCGCCGCCUGGUUCCUGCAGGAGCUGCCCUCCUUCGUGGUCCCGGCCGGGAUGCUCCUCGGUCAGACCCGCGCUCUCCUCGGCGCGCCCGGGGUUGUGCUUCUGGGCCUCUUUUGCGCACAUUACUUCCACAGGACAUUUAUUUAUGCCCUCCUCAGUAAAGGGAGGCCUUUUCCAAUUGGGAUACUUAUCAAAGGCUUUGUCUUCUGCAUGGGAAAUGGAUUCCUGCAAAGCUACUACCUGAUUUACUGCGCUGACUACCCUGCUGAGUGGUACACAGACAUACGGUUUAUCCUGGGUGUCUUCCUAUUUAUCUUGGGAAUGGGAAUCAACAUUCACAGUGACUAUAUAUUGUACCAGCUCCGGAAGCCUGGAGAAAUCAUCUAUAAGAUUCCACAAGGUGGCUUGUUCACAUACGUUUCAGGAGCCAAUUUCCUCGGUGAGAUCAUCGAAUGGAUCGGCUUUGCCCUGGCCACCUGGUCCCUCCCAGGACUUGCAUUUGCAUUUUUCUCGCUUUGUUUCCUUGGGCUGCGAGCUUUUCACCACCAUAGGUUCUACCUCAAGAUCUUUGAGGACUACCCCAAAUUUCGGAAAGCCCUCAUUCCAUUUAUCUUUUAAAGAAACCACAUUAAAGAAAAAAAAAAGAAACAAAGCUCCCACAAUGCUAUUGAAAAUCACCAAGCUGCUUAACCUGUAACCUUUCACGUUCACAUAUAUAUGAUAUAAUCAUUCAUAUAUAUAUGAUAUGUGUAGGAGUAGGCCUCCCGUGGUCCUCCAGCUGGCCUGGAGAGUCACAUGUGCGGGGCCCGCUUCCUGUGUACUCUCACCCUCGUCGAGGUCUCCAUCCUGCUCUCUCGUGGAAGCGUCAAUGAGGCCCUUAGCUAUUGCUCCUAGAAAGGGUGCAGCUUCCCUACCUACUACUCUUUGUGUGAUCCACAUACAUGAGGCUUUAUACCUGCUCUGUCUCAAUGCAGUGGGACUCUGUAGUCAAGAAAGUUUUGGGUUGAGGGAAAUGUUUAUAGAGUUAAUUAAAGAUACAUAGUCCAUACCCAUACAAAUUAGCACAGAUUUAACUCUGCAUGGCCCCACAGCAAAUUUUCUGCCCAGUGAAAAUUCAGUCAUCUCUUUCUUUUCCUUAGUUCAUCAUGAAAGAUGUGAACUGAUUAGCAGACUUUUAACAGAGGAGCCCUCUCUUCACGUUGCUGAAAGUGCAACCAUCCCUUGACCCCAUUUCAAGUGCAUGCCUUGGCUUAGUGCCUCUGUUGCCUUGGCGAUUUCAGAACCCCUAUUAGAGAUACCAGAGCCAAACCCUGGGAACUGGUGUGGGUUUUACUGAAGGUUUUAAUGAUUGCAAAGAAGACAUGAUAGUGGAUGGCUACUGAGGGAGUAAAGAAGUGUUUUAGAGGAGCUACGGCAAACUCUCCUGCCUUUGGAAACCAGUGGAAAUAUCCACAUAAUGAGUGAGCGUCAAAUAAGGAGCUGACUGAAUAAGAUCAGACGCUGCUCACCUGUGGCACACCUACAGUGACAGUGAGGCAGAAGGACCCAGUGACUUUCCUCCUGGAUUUCCUCACCACAGUCCCCAGGAUCUCAUCAAGAAGGUGCAUCUUGAACACCAGGCCUCGAAGGACCCCAGAACAGAAGCUGGAGCUGCAACUCGAAGGAGGAAUCUGGGCAGAAAACUGGCUUUUGGGGGCUCAGACAGUGAUUCACACAUAGUUUGAUUUUCUUUAUUAUUAUUUUAUUACAUUCAGUGUUUCCAAAACUUAAAAAUGUGGUAGUUUCUACAUUCUACUUUCCUUAAAAAAUUUUUGGAGGAUCUGCUCAUGGAACCGGUAAGAACUGGGACUGAUCGGCUAGUUCGCACUAGAAUUUGCAACCUCUGUGGAGGGGGUCACCCUAGCAGGAGUGCUGAGACGUUGGGCUCUGGGAGGAAGGGGCUGGAAACUUGUGAUCAGAACAUGUGAAGGCACGUGUCUCCUCUGACAUAGGUCUAUAGCAAGCAUUGGUAAUACUGAGCAAGCUCUUUUGAGAAAUGAGCACCAGUGUUGUCAGACACCGUUCUAAAUACAGGCAUCGCCUAUGGAAGACACAAAGGAUUUUUGAAGGAUCUGAGGAUGAUGUUAGAUUUCUAAAAAACACAAAUCAUUACCAUAUAAAUAGUGUUUUUGCUGUUCAUUAAAUGCCUCCUGAAUCAUGGAGGUUAAGUAACUUCCUUUGAAUUAAAACAUUCCUGGACUCACGAAGAUUUUUA